AUAGAACACAGCUGAUUUUGAUUAUUCGAUUUUGUUUUGUUGACAAUCUGGGUGAUGAAGUAGGAGGUGUAAAAAUGUAAAAAUCUGAAAAGAGAUUUUUGUUUGCGAGAAAAUCUGGUGAAACUAAUCACCCUGGUAGCAAGGCUUUCUUAAAGGCAUUGGCUACUUCAAAUUGCCAAGGCGCCAUUGAGGACCAGUUCAACUACCGUACGCCGUUUUAAACAUAAACUGCUAACAACAUGUCAGCGACAAAACAGUCUGACGAAAAACUGAAGCCUGUGUGGAGAGCUGCAGAAGUCAUAGCCGAAAGAUUAGAUAUUUCUGUUAAAGUGACAGAUAAUGUGAUUGAGAUGUUAGAAGAGGGCGCCACCAUUCCAUUCAUUGCUCGUUAUCGUAAGGAAAGAACGAAGGGUUUAGAAGUGGAUAAAUUACGAGAGAUUAGCACAGUAUCAGAAGAAUUAAAGGUUGUAGAGAAUAAAAUCGCAACAGUUCAUCAAGCCAUCAAAAAAACGGGUAAACUGUCGAAAGAUCUGGUGGAAGCUUUGAAACAUGCACAGAGUUUAGAUGAAGUUGAUACUCUGUUCGCUCCAUUUAAACCAGGUCACAAAGGAACGUUGGCUGAACGUGCUCGGAAACUAGGACUGGAACCAAUGGCUUUAAAAAUACUUGAUGGUAGAUCGGUAGAUUUAUCUACAUUGGUUAACAAGAAUGAGAAAAGUUUAAAGACUGUUGGUGAUGUUGAAAAAGGUAUACAACAUAUUAUAGCUGAUAUAAUAGCUAAAGAUAAAGGUGCUAUACAACAAGCUAGAAAUAUAUGUAAGAGUAAUAAAGUGAUAUUAGAAUGUCAUAAAUGUAAGAAUACAACCAAGGCAGCAUCAGUAGAGAAGAAAGUUGGGGAUAGUAAGAAGAAAGAUGAUAGUUAUAAAUAUGAACAAUAUUAUGAUUAUAAAAUACCAGUACAUUAUCUUAAACCACAUCAGAUUUUAGCUAUAAAUCGAGGUGAAGAUAAGAAAGUAUUAACAGUAAAGAUUGUUAUACCAGAGUUUAUCAAGAAUCAAUUUAUAUCAUACUGUCAGAGGAAAUGGUGUCGUGGUCGUGAUAGUGCAUAUAUAGAAAAUAGUAUCGAAGACGCUUACGAUAGACUUAUAGUACCUCAAUGUUGUAGAAGUAUAAGAUCUGAAUUAACAAAGAAAGCAGAAGAAGCAUCUAUUAAAGUAUUUGCUGAUAAUUUAAAGAGUUUAUUAUUACAGCCAACAGUUAAAGGUAAAACAGUUCUAGGAAUUGAUCCUGGUUUCUCUAAUGGAUGUAAAUCAGCUGUUAUAUCACCUACAGGUCAAAUUUUAGCUACAGUUGUUUUGUAUCUACAUGAUCACCGAUCAAAUAAGUCUAAAGAGAAAGAUAAACUAAUAGAUACAGUUAUUAAACAUAGGUGUGAAGUAAUUGCCAUAGGAAAUGGUGUUGGUUGCCGGGAAACAGAAAAAUUUGUUAGUGAUCUCAUCCAAUCAAAACACUUUAAACCUCUAGAAGUAUACUACAGUAUCGUUGAUGAAAGUGGAGCAUCUAUAUAUAGUGUAUCACCUGAAGCACAGAAAGAAUUACCUGACUUGGAUCCUACUCUACGUGGUGCAGUUUCUAUAUCUCGACGAUUACAAGAUCCAUUAGCAGAAUUAGUUAAAAUAGAACCUAAACACAUUGGUGUUGGCAUGUAUCAGCAUGAUAUAGCAGAAGGUAAAUUAAAGAUAUCCUUAGAUUCUGUCAUUGAAGAAUGUGUUAGUUUUGUUGGUGUGGAUCUCAAUACUGGUAGUGAGUGUCUACUGAGGAGAAUAGCUGGUUUAUCUUCAGCCAAAGCUAAAAAGAUUAUUGAAUGGAGAGAUAAAAACAAUAGAUUUAUAAACAGGCAACAAUUACUCAGUGUUAAAGGUUUAGGUCAGAAGAGUUUUGAACAGUGUGCUGGAUUUGUUCGUAUUUUAAACACAGAUAAUAGUAAUACCUCUAAUAAAACUGAUAGUGAUAUUAAAACAGAAGUGAAACCAAACAGUAUAAAGCGGAAAACAACAACAGCGUCGACUAGUAAAACUAAGAAACAGAAAAUGGAGGCUGACCUUGAACCUAAUCCACUCGACAUGACUCCAAUACAUCCAGAAUCAUAUCACAUAGCAACCAGUUUUAUAGCAGACGUCGGUGAAGAUAUUAACCAUAUCGGACGACAAGAUUUUAUACAAAAUAUUAAAUCAUUCCUUAACAAACAUGAUGUCAGUGAUUUAACAGAGACAUAUUCUACGGGUGAACCAACCCUUGUCUUGAUAACAGAAGCUUUAACUAAAACAAAAUCUUAUGAUAUUCGAGAAGGAAAUCAGAAACCACUGUUUAAACAAGGUAUAACUGGUAUAGAAGACCUAAAAAUAGAUUCAAUUUUAACGGGACGAGUGACAAAUGUGACCCAUUUUGGUGCCUUUGUGGACGUGGGCGUUGGCAAUGAUGCUUUGAUACAUUCCAGUAAAAUGUGUACAUCUAAAGGGCGUCAGACACUUCAUCUAGGAGAUCGUGUUCAAGUUCGGGUGUUGAAUGUUGAAGCCGCGAGAAAACGAAUCUCUGUAGCAUUAGUUGAUAUUUUGUGAUAAAUACAACCAAGUAUAAUUGUUUUCAUGGUUCCAGACUCUCCGAUCAUGGUUUCUAGUUGGGAGGAAAAAAAUUGAAUUUUUUUUUUAUAUAAAAAUUAUGAUCAAUUUUGGCUGAAAUAAAUUAAAAGCCAGUA